CACUGUUGACAGCGAACACCGGAGCACAAGAGCCGAACUCUCAUCUCUGUUCGUCAAACUUCGGGUGUGUGCGAAUAUUUUGAACUAGCCGCUUAAAAAGCAUUGCUACUCGUGCCGUACCUCCAUACGCCGUGCAUUCUUCGCGAAUCUUGGAUGUGCCGUGUGUGUGUCCAUAUAAAGACAGAACCGAACAUCCUUAUAGGGAUGCUAUACGAACUUUAGCGUGUGCAAUUCGCCUAUUGAUUUAUGUGUGGUGAAAAUUGAACAAAACAUAAACAAAACCAAUACAAGAACACUUUGAAAGAAAUUUCUGGAGUAUCAAUAUAUUUCUUUCAUCCAAUUCAAUAAAGAUGGCACCGAAUAUAAUAGGCAGCACCUUUAUAUUGGCCGAGACAGCCAUCGCCGAUGCCAACAACAACAAGAUGUCAGCAACUGGCGCACCUGCGCCAGUUAAGCAAGCACCAGCAGCCCCAGCGAAAACUGUGGCACCUGCGGCAACUGCCACGCCACAAUCGACCGAAGCUAAACCCUUCAAAGUCCAGGUCGUCUGGCACAACAUUUUGCUGUUCAUCAUUCUCCAUUCGAUGGCCCUAUAUGGCCUGUAUUUGAUAUUUGCCGAGAGCGCGUACCUCGAGAUUCUGCCCAUAUAUCUGUUUUCGUUCCUCGGCGGAUUGGGCAUCACUGCUGGAGUGCAUCGCCUGUGGUCGCACAAGGCUUACAAGGCGAAGUUGCCGCUGCGCAUCUUCCUCAUGCUGUGCCAAUCGUUGGCCUUCCAGAACAGCAUCUGGGAGUGGACACGCGAUCAUCGUGUGCACCACAAGUUCACGGACACACACGCCGAUCCCCAUAACUCACGACGCGGCUUCUUCUUCGCUCACAUGGGUUGGUUGCUGUGCAGGAAGCAUCCCGAUGUUGGCUCCAAGGGCAAAUCGAUCGAUAUGAGCGACAUUGAGCAGGAUCCCGUCGUCAUGUUCCAGAAGAAAUACUACUUUGUGGUGAUGCCAAUUUGCUGCUUCAUUUUGCCCAUGAUGCUGCCAUACUAUUUGAUGGGCUCCUCAUUGAUGGUGUGCUUCUUCAGCUGCUCCAUGCUCCGUUACUGCAUCUCACUGCACGGCACCUGGCUGGUGAACAGUGCUGCCCACUUUUACGGCAUGAAGCCAUACGAUGUGAACAUUAGCUCGGUUAACUCAAGACUGGUGUCAAACAUCACCUUUGGCGAGGGAUGGCAUAACUAUCACCAUGUGUUCCCCUGGGAUUACAAAGCAGCUGAGCUGGGCACCUACAACGGCAACUGGACCACCGCUUUCAUCGAUCUGAUGGCCAAGAUAGGCCAAGCUUAUGAUCUGAAGUACGUCUCCCAGGAAAUGGUCUAUAAGCGACUCAGGCGCACUGGCGAUGGCAGCCACAUAGCCGCCUUGCUGGAUGCCAAUAACAAUGAUGUGAAGGAAAGCGCACCAACGAAUGAGAUGGUGGUACAUCUGGACCAUGAUUUGGAGGAGAAUGCGGUUUGGGGCUGGGAUGAUAAGGAUAUUAGCGAGGAGGAUCGCAAGAACGCCUCGAUUGUUAACAAAGAACAACAGUGUAAACAGGAAUAAUUGUAGAGGAUGUUCAUUGCGUCUCGAUUGCGUUAAAUAGCUAUAUAACUAAAUAUGCGAACCUCUUUCCGGCCUGAAAAUUGGGAUCGCAGUAUUUAAUUAUAUUGAUUGCCUAUACUCCAAAAAUAUUAUGUUUGUCACAAAGCGGAGCAAGUCCGCUUAAUACCGAACUGUUGAUUGGUUAGUUGGGCGCAUCGGGCGCAAUAAGAUUAUAAAUGGCUUCAAUUCCAAAAAAGAAAAAAAUAAAAAGCAAAACAAACAAACAAACAUAAUAAACAUUACAGCAAGAUCAAAUAACACAAGACCAUAUUCGAGAUUAGUUCAAAUUUCUGCUGUAAAAUUGUGAAAAAAAGAUAUAACCACAACAACAUUUUUAUAUUUUUGUGUAAUUUGAUACAUUUUUUUUUUUGCUACUUAUUUGCAAAUUGAACAAAUUGACCCUAUAAAUAUGUAACAUAUGCUUAACGACGCAAGAGGUUCUAGAAUUAGGUAUACAAUUUAAGUUUAACAUUUAAGUGUCCAAUCUUAAAUGAGUGUACAUUGUUUUUAGUUAUUAGGUGUGUAGGAUAUUAAGCUUUAAGUCUACUGUAUAUUUAAUCAUAACAAAAUGUAGAAACAAAAAUCCGAAAAAAAUCGCUAAAAUUCCAAAAAAUA